CUAAUGAGAACAUCCUCUGAAUACGCGUGCCGCUAGCGAAAGAACGCACCUAAAAUUCAGUAGCUCGCCUGUAAUAGAUUCCAGCCUUUAGUAGUAGCAAGUAGUAGGAUCGAAGCUUAAAAUAUGUUUCUUUAUUUUGGGCUAAAUCCCUGUCCCAAAUUGGUAGGACACCAUAAUCCAGUAGUCGAUUCACACUCGGAAAUUUUCGGAAGCAAUAUUACUUCAAUCACAGGUAGCUGGAAUUAUUUAAUAAUUUCUCAAGAUACAGGUGUUACUUUCUGUGGAGACGCUUCGAUCAAUGAACUCAAAAACUUGAUGGUUCCGGACCAUAGCAGAAUCCAAUCGGUUAUUGCAGGGAAAGAGCAUAUUACAUUCCUCACAGAACAUCACGAAAUUUGGCAACUUAAUAUUUACACGUAUAGAUGGAACAAAAUUGACCGUUUAAUCUCAAAUAAUGUUGACCACAAGCUGGAGUAUGUUAUUAAGAUUGGUGAACAUACAUCUGUUCUGGCUCUUACUAAUUUAGGACGUAUUUUUAAUGUUCAUAAUCCAGUUAAAAUGCCAAAAAACGUCAAAUUCACUGAUUUUGCAUGUGGUUUGGAACACGCUAUAAUGUUGACAGACGAUGGAGAUAUUUAUUCGAUGGGCAUGGGCACGAAGGGUCAGCUUGGACAUGAGAACCUUGAGAAUUGCAACGAACCUGAAUUGAUUAGGGCUUUGGCAGGUCUCAAAAUCGCGAAAGUAUCAGCUGGAGGAUGGCAUAGUGCUGUGGUAACGGUUGAGGGAGAUUUAUACACUUGGGGAUGGAAUAAAAAUGGAGAACUUGGAAUUAUCACGAAUCAGCAAAUCAUCAAUUCCCCUACCCUUGUUAUUUUUAACGAUAAGAAUGGACAUGUGAUUGAUAUUAAAAUCAAAGAAAUUGAAUGUGGAAAUUGUUUUUCUGUUUGCAGAACAGACGAGGGAGAGUUGUGGGGCUGUGGAUCCAACAAAUACGGACAACUUACUCAAUCAAAACUGAAAUUGUUAAAGUCGGCGAUGUUUGUGAAGCUCGAUAUAAAUUAUUCCGGGAAUAUAAGCAAUUUUUAUUGCACUCAGUUUGGGAGCAUAAUUAAAAUAAACGAGUGAUGAGGCAGAACCUGUAUUGAAUAAAAUAUUGUAAAAUUCA